AUGGUGGGAAUUGUAAAGCGCAUGAGAAAGCUGAGAACUCUGCUCGCCAUUAGAUUAGGCCCCGGAGCAGCGGUAUUACCGCCCGAGGUAACGAGAAUACAUAUGGACUUCGCGCGCGACAUAGAAGACGGGCACUACGGCCCCAGGAAAUUCUGGCGAAACUGCCUCCCCCGAUUGAAGUACCACAACCCAGCCGUCCCCAUGACCGUCAACCGCACCGACGACCAGUCCGGCCCGGCAAUCAUGACUAUCCACUUCACCUCCCCGGAAGCGGCAGCACAUAUCAAGACGGAGAUCUCGUCCACGACCGACGCGCAGACGUCCAGCGGGCCCGUACCCGAGUCCAAGGCUGGGCCGCCGACGGAGAGGACGGAGACGAUCAACAUGAAGCAUAGACCCGAGUCGGAGAUCCUAGACCAGCUGCUGGCGCUGACGAGAGCGCGGGUUGUAAAGGCGACAGCGGAAGAGAGCAGGCAGAUUCAGGAGAUCGAAGAGCAGAGAGUGAGGAGCGAGAAAGAUGCGAUUUUGAGUGCUGAGGUCCUCGCGAAGAAGAGACGAGAAGAGGCAAUUCUGGCUGCGGCUAGGGGGUCAACGGGAGCGGAUUCGCUGAUGAAUUGA